ACUUAGGGUGCGGUCGAAAACUUACUACGUAAAAAUACAGCAAAGCUAGCAGCGUAACCGCAGUAAAGGGGUUUUUUAUUUGCUUUUACUGAUAUUACAAUUUGUACGUUUUGAAAUUUAGACCAGCUUUCAGUAAACUGUGCAUUUGUGAUCUUACCAUAACCUUCAAUAUCUAUCAUUCAUCAUUCACUUUCUAUUUCUAUUCAUGAAAAUGGAUACGAAUGUUUUAAAAAUUGUGGUAAUAAAUAAUUUAUUAGAAAUCAUAGAUGAUUCUAGUAGUUCAGAUGAAGAGCUUUUUGCAAUUACCGCAAAUACACGGUACAAGAGAAAGGAAGCUACUCCUAGAAUUGAAAAUUAUGUGGAAAAUGUGGUACACUUAUAUGGAGAUUCACAAUUUCAAUCACAUUUUAGAAUGCAAAGGAGAACCUUUGAAGUUAUUUUAGAAUUAAUAGCGGACAAAAUUAGAGAAAGAACGGUAAAACCAGGACGACCUGCGAUACCAGCUGAAAAGCAACUUCUUAUAACGUUAUGGGUUCUGGGAACUCCCGAUUCUUAUAGAUCAGUAUGUGAUCGUUUCGGUGUUGGGAAAGCUACUGCAAUAGUAUGUGUGAGGAACGUAGUUAGAAUUUUGUACAACUAUUCACACAGUUUCAUUAUGUGGCCAACAACUGAAAAAAUUACUGCAAGUGUAGCAGCAUUUAAAAAUAUGUCUGGUUUUCCAGGUGUAAUCGGUGCAAUUGACGGCACACACAUCUCAAUUACAGCUCCAAAAGAGCAUCCAGAGGCAUAUGUGAACCGAAAAGGAAUACAUUCGAUACAAUUACAGGGUGUCUGUGAUGAAAAAGGAAUGUUUAUACACUGCUAUGCAGGGUAUCCUGGUGCAGUGCAUGACCAAAGGGUUUUUAUGAAAUCCGAAGUAGCAGAGUAUUUAAAGAGUGCUGCCAAAUUUCCUGGUGAUGUACACUUACUAGGAGAUGCUGCGUAUAUGUUGCAUACGCAUAUGAUGGUGCCUUACAAAGACAAUGGUCACCUAACUCGAGCUCAAAAAAACUACAAUUAUUGUCACUCGUCCACCAGAAUGGUAAUUGAAAGAUCAUUUGGACUUCUUAAGGGAAGAAGGAGAAGAUUAUUAGAUAAUCUUCCCAUGAUCAGAACUGACCUUAUUCCACAAUACAUUAUUGCAUGCUGUGUUAUACAUAAUAUUUGCCUUUUAAAAAAUGAUCAGUUUCAACCUUUAGCGUUGCAUACAUCCGAUAAGAAUAACACUCAAUGUGGAGUUAAUGGCAAUGUAGAUACAAACGAAAAGGCAUUGGCUAAACAAAAACGUGAUGCAAUUGCUGCUGCAUUACCUACCCGUGAAGACAUAUGACAUUUGACAAUAUAACAAUACUCUUAUGCACUGUAAAACAUCAAAACACUUUUAUUAUAAUAAAUAUCUACAAAUUUUUCA